GUAGUGUGUCCUCUGGUUGCAGGUCCUAGCCGCCAGCCGCCAGGAUGGUGUUCUCCUACUCGGCCGGCGACGACGCCGGCGACGGCCCGACCAAGCGCCACGCCAAGCACAACAACGACGACGUGGUCACGGUGUCCGUGACGGGCGGCUACACCAACGAGGCCUUCAAGGGCGAUGGCGACGCGCUGGCCGACCCCAAGAAGCCGCCGCCGACGCUCAGCUCCACCGAGGAGGAGGCCAUCCCGAGCCCGGACGGCAAGUGCCGCCUCAAGCGCAACGAGAAGUGGCGCAUCCUCAAGAACAUCGCGGCCGUGAGCUUCGCCUUCAUGGUGCAGUUCACGGCCUUCCAGGGCACGGCCAACCUGCAGAGCAGCAUCAACGCCAAGGACGGGCUGGGCACCGUGUCGCUGUCGGCCAUCUACGCCGCGCUCGUGCUGUCGUGCAUCUUCGUGCCGACGCUGCUCAUCAAGAGACUGACCGUCAAGUGGACGCUGUGCGUGUCCAUGCUGUGCUACGUGCCGUACCUGGCCGCGCAGUUCUACCCGCGCUUCUACACGCUGGUGCCCGCCGGCGUGCUGCUCGGGCUGGGCGCCGCGCCCAUGUGGGCGGCCAAAGCCACCUACCUCACCCAGGUGGGCGCCGUGUACGCCAAGCUCACCGACCAGGCCGUCGACGCCAUCAUCGUGCGCUUCUUCGGCUUCUUCUUCCUCGCCUGGCAGACGGCUGAGCUUUGGGGGAAUCUCAUCUCUUCUCUAG